AUGCUUAGGGAAGGGAUAGUUCUAAUUAUAUCUCUAGUUCACAUAUUUAUGGUGUAUACUCCUUAUUCCUUUUCUGUAACUUUCCUUAUUGUUAACAUUUCCCACUCUCGCAAACAGCGUAAACUGGAAGGGUCCGCAAUCAUCAUUCAAGUUCCAAGUGGUCCCCCCUCGAGCAUCCCCCAAGCACCGCGGAGAAUACGCUUCUUCAAUGCGCAGCUCCACCACAUGGCCAAGACUGUUCCUGUCAUGAUUACACCAGAGAGCAAUGAUGCAAGUACUGUUCUGGAGCAAAUACUGUCUGAAGUGCGAGCACGGGUGGUGGAGUGCAAGAGCCAAUACCCCAACAGUCCCAUCGUGCUGCUGGGCUGGGGCAUCGGGGCUGUCAUUGCGUGCCAUGUGUCCAUGCUAGAGAUGGUGACGGCAAACAUUUGCCUAGGGUUUCCAGUGACAGGUGCGACAGGCAAGCGAGGGGAAGCAGAUGACCCAUUGCUGGACAUCCGUACCCCAACCCUCUUCAUCAUAGGAGAGAAGGCAUCAAAUGUCAGCGUGGAUGACAUGGAGGACAUUCGCAUGCGUCUGCGUGUGGAGACGGGGCUGGUAGUUGUAGGGGGAGCUGACUCACACCUGCGCCUCUCGUGCCAGAAGCGGCACAUGGAAGGCGUCACACAGUCUAUGGUGGACAGGUGUAUUGUUGAUGAAAUUGGUGACUUCCUUUCACACCUGCUGAGUGAGAGCAGUGGCAGCUCAUCCUCAGUUUACAGCCCUUGCCCCUCCCACAGCCACCAUGUGACUUCAUCCACUGUCUACCCACACUCCUCUGUUACCUCCUCCUUCACCAACCCCCUCCCUCCCAAGUCCCAACGCAAGGAAGGCACUCGCAAAAGGAAGACAUCCACAGGCAGUUCCCUGGAUGGCUCUGCACCUCCUUCCCCUGCUAAGAUAUCCAGACCAAGCACACCCAUCAGCCUGAUGGGAGGUAGCCUUAAGAUUCCAGUGGGCGUUUCAGCUCUUUCAUCACCGGGCCUCACAUACAGCAGUGGUGACUCAUCCCACACAACUCCGAGCACCUCUCCCUACCACCCCUCAGCGAGCCAUACCCCCCACAGUGAUGGUUCCUCAGCCUCCAACCCUGGAACGCCCCGAACCACAGGUGGAGCAUCACAAAAUAUAUCCAGCAGCAACAGCAACUCCCUCAAGCGCAAAUAUACACGCAAGUUGGAGUCCCGCCGUCAGCCAAAGAUGAAGAGUUUGACCCCAGAGCUGUCCUCUCUCUCGUCCUCAUCCUCUGCUUCUUCUUCUGCGUCUGCAUUUUCCAUAGCCGCUUCAGGAGAUGCUUCUGUUUCAUCAGGCACACUGGAUGACACCUCUCCAACUAUAGCUAGG